AUGAAAGCAUUCAACAACGACUUCUUCUACGACAUUGCAUUGGAUGAAGAGAAUAGAAUAUGUAGUGUUUUUUGGGCAGAUGCAAGAAGUAUAGCGGCAUGUGCAGAAUUUGGUGAUGUUGUGUCCUUCGACACCACUUACUUGACAAAUAAGUAUGACAUGCCCUUUGCGCCAUUUUUAGGCGUUAACCAUCAUGGUCACUCAAUUUUACUUGGAUGUGGAUUGCUUUCUUCUAAAGACACUGCGUCCUUUGUGUGGUUGUUUGAAUCUUGGUUGAAAUGCAUAGGAAAUAAGGCCCCUAUUGGCAUUAUAACGGAUCAAUGCAGGGCAAUGGCCAAUGCCAUUGAAGAGGUUUUUCCAAAUAUAAGACAUAGAUGGUAUUUAUGGCACAUAAUGAAGAAGUUGCCCAAAAAAUUUCAAAGCUUCAAAAAUUACCUUCCCAUUAAAGCAGAUAUACAUGCGCUUAUCUAUGACUGUGGGUCGCCAAGGGACUUUGAGAAUGGAUGGGAAGAACUUCUUACAAAGCAUGCAUUGGAGGGGAAUGAUUGGUUAAGUAAUCUUUAUGAGGAAAGAAUGAAAUGGGUUCCAUGUUAUUUAAGGAGUGAUUUUUGGGCAGGUAUGUCAACAACACAAAGAAGUGAGGGUAUGAAUGCCUUCUUUGAUGGAUUUAUAAAUUCAAGCACCACACUACAUCAGUUUGUGGUUCAAUUUGACAAUGCACUUAGAGUUAAGGCACAAAAAGAAACACAGGCUGACUUCUCCUCCCUCCUGAACACCACGAUUGGUUGUGGGUCCCAGUCACCGAUAGAAAGACAAUUCAAUUGGAGUAUACACAUGAAAAGUUUGAGGAAGUCCAAACAGAAUUUCGAUGUCGGAUGA